AUGUCCGAGGAAAUCCUGGAAAACCGAGCCGAUUACGGCUGUCUACCAUUCGACCUCUUCGUCUCGGAACGUUGGGAUCACGAUGCCUCGGGAGAUAGUCAGGAACAGUGGGAGCGACUUGUCUGGGAAUGGCAGAAACUGACUCUGCUGGAACGCUGGCCCUAUCAGCAUCGUGCCGAAUCUGAGUGCUCUCCACCUAAAAUCAGUGAGGAGAUCACGCGCGUUCUGGCCUCGCAUCAGACAGUACACGAGUGCAAUGUCAGUGUGGUCAGCAGUGAUGGCUGGCAGACCGUCUGGCUGCGGACAUGCUAUGACCUGAAUCUUAAGAGCAAAUAUGAAGAGAUGAAACAGAGCUCCAAUGUGCCUGGACUGGCCGUCCCAGAGGAUAAGGUCCUAGAUGACCCCACCCGCUAUAAUUUCGACAACGGUAGCGAGGACUCAUGGCGUCAGGUGUUAGUCCGCGUUCCAGGCCUCACGGACUUUGGUGGCAUUAUCGACAUGGAUGGCGACAGGAGUAAUAUGCAGUACAGAAGUGGGCAGAACAAUGAGUACUUGGUGCGCCACGCCGAGGAGAGCGAGGAAGAUUGGCGCGACGUCAUUCGAGCGCAGUUGAAAUUCCAGGCUGGUCUUUAUCUGUUGGACCGAGAGGCCAUUGAGUCUGGAUUGAUUAAAAUCCUCUGGCUCAAUGAGCAUGGGAGUAUCGCCUGGGAUAACCGACUGGACCCUUUUACCUCCGACUUGGAGGAGUUAGCAGGAGCGCUCCUCAACGCUACGAGUUUGGCGGAGUUGGCCAACUACGACGGCACCCGCGGGGCUAUGAUUGAGCGCUAG